AUGAUUGCUGCUGUCACGGCUGGCUAUGGCUAUGGCUAUGGCGGCUACGGAGGCUACGGUGGACACGGAGGCUACGGUGGACACGGAGGCUACGGUGGACACGGAGGCUACGGUGGAUACGGCGGCUAUGGUGGUUACGGUGGCUAUGGAGGAUACGGUGGCUAUGGAGGAUUUGGGGGCUACGGAGGAUAUGGGGGCUACGGAGGAUAUGGGGGUUACGGAGGAUACGGCGGCUACGGAGGAUACGGUGGCUACGGAGGAUACGGUCAUGGUGGCUACGGACAUGGAUACAAGCUUAUUAGCUAUGGACAUGGUUACCAUGGAUAG